GCCCGGCGCUGGUGCUGCGGUGUGCUCGCUAGAGGGGACUGGGCUCCCGCACCAUGGACACGGGGUAGGAGUCCGCCCGAGGAGCGGGGCUGCCGGCGGCUGUGGAGACUCAUGAAGCGGCGCGGUCCGGUGCCCGGGGAGACGUGAGCAGGUGCCAUGCCAGCUCCAGAACAGACUUCCAUGAUGGAGGAGGGGCUACCAAAAGCCCCUCAGGAUGCUCCCCCCACCACAAGCAUGGAGCCCGAAUCCACAGCCACAAACAUUUUGGCAUCUGUAAAAGAACAGGAGCUGCAAUUUGAACGGCUCACCAGAGAGCUGGAGGUGGAAAGACAAAUUGUCGCCAAUCAGCUAGAAAGAUGCAGACUGGGAGCGGAGUCGCCAAGCAUCGCCAGCGUAAGCUCGACCGAGAAGUCCUUUCCUUGGAGAUCAGCAGAUGCAUCAUCCGGAGGUCCCCCUAAGCAGAGACUGUCUGACUCUACUCAUCCCAACCACUUCCUCAUCAGAUCGGACCCAGAACCAGUGACCAUGUAUUCCCCCGAGCAGACGUCACUCCAUGAAAGUGAGGGAUCUUUAGGUAACUCAAGAAGCUCAACGCAGAUGAACUCUUACUCUGACAGCGGUUACCAGGAAGCCGGGACUUUUCCCAACCACAGCGUCCCUAAACCUGAACUUCGCCAACAACACUCGUUCUCAGGAUCUACUAGUAACCACAUGGCGAGGGCCUCAAGGGCUGAAGGUCAAACUGUAGUCCAGGCAUCAAAUGCGAUGGCGGCCAACCGGGCAGUUCGGCGCGUUAGCUCUGUUCCCUCAAGAUCACAGUCCCCUUCUUAUGUCAUUGGAUCAGGAGUAUCGCCAUCUAGAGGGUCCUUGAGAACUUCACUUGGAAGUGGCUAUGGCUCCCCAUCGAUUACCGAUUCGCGACCGCUUCCAGCUUCUACCACCUACUCUUCUACAACGUUGCCUUCUCAGAGAGCAGCCUCUCCUUACACAGUACGGAGGUCCAACUCUCCAACCGGUGUUCGAAGGAUUGGUUCACUCACUUCUAGGCAAAACUCCAACCCUAAUGGCGCAACCUCAAAUUACCAAACGCUAGGUGCUUCAGUAAGAGUUGGUUCCCCACUAACGUUAUCGGAUACACAAAAUAGAGUUGGUUCAUUGUCCCAAGCUCCUAUAGGAUCCACCUCUUCUCCAAAGCGAGCUGGAAUGACUGCAGUUCCACAGCACAUGGGAACUUUACAGAGGAACUUGCAUGACACUGACCAAUUUGGCCAGCUGUUUGAUAUCUAUGAAAGAAUGGUUCCACCACGACCGGACAGCCUUACAGGUCUAAGAAGCUCUUAUGCAAGUCAGCAUAGCCAGUUAGGCCAGGACCUGCGUUCUGCCGUAUCCCCCGACCUGCAGAUCACCCCUAUAUACGAGGGGAGAACAUACUACAGUCCGGUGUAUCGGAAUGCCAACCAAGGAACCAUUGAGCUGCGGCAGGGCUCCCAGACUGCAGUUUACCGUACUGGCUCAGGGUCGGGUAAUCUACACAGGACAUUGAGCCAACGUAACACUCUUGCAUACCAAAGAAAUAAUUAUGCUCUCAACACUGCAGCUACCUAUGCAGAGCCGCACAGAUCAAUGCCGUACCGGGUGUCUGAAGGCGGCUAUAACCGGAUGCCUCACGCAGCCACGGCGGAUGACGGAACCACCAGGUCGCCCUCCAUUGACAGCAUACAGAAGGAUCCGAGGCAAUUUGCUUGGCGAGAUCCUGAACUACCGGAAGUCAUCCAUAUGCUUCAGCAUCACUUCCCUUCAGUGCAAGCAAAUGCAGCAGCUUAUCUGCAACAUCUCUGCUUUGGGGACCAUAAGAUCAAAAUUGAGGUGUGUCGACUCGGAGGAAUAAAGCACCUUGUGGAUCUUAUGGAUCACAAAGUUCUGGAAGUUCAGAAAAAUGCAUGCGGAGCCUUGAGGAAUCUUGUAUAUGGCAAAUCUACUGAUGAAAACAAGAUUGCAGUGAAGAACGCGGGUGGAAUCCCCGCUCUCCUUAGACUACUGAGAAAAACGAAUGACCAAGAGAUAAGUGAACUUGUAACUGGAGUCCUGUGGAACUUAUCAUCUUGCGACGCUGUAAAGAUGACUAUUAUCCGUGAUGCCCUGUCUUCUCUCACAAACACUGUGAUCGUUCCACACUCCGGACUGAAUAAUUCCUCCUUUGACGAUGAUCACAAAAUGAAAUUCCAGUCAUCCUCUGUUCUCCGCAAUACCACUGGAUGCAUGAGAAAUCUGAGUUCAGCGGGAGAAGAGGCACGCAAGCAGAUGAGAUAUUGUGAAGGUUUGGUGGACUCCCUCCUCUUCGUGAUUCAAACCUGCGUGAACACGUCAGAUUUUGACAGCAAGACAGUGGAGAACUGUGUCUGCACCUUGAGAAACCUAUCUUACCGGCUAGAAUUGGAAGUGCCUCAAGCUCGCCUGUUGGGAAUUAACGAAAUUGAGGACUUCUGCAAGGAAUCGCCCAGCAAGGAGUCAGACUCGAGUUGUUGGGGUAAAAAGAAGAAAAAGAAGAAAAGACCACCUCAAGAAGACCUGGUGGGUGCUUGGGAUGGCGUUGGACCGAUUCCUGGGCUAUCUCAGUCCCCGAAGGGGGUGGAAAUGCUCUGGCACCCUACUGUAGUGAAGCCAUAUCUGACUCUCUUAGCUGAAAGUUCUAACCCUGCAACAUUAGAAGGUUCUGCCGGCUCUCUCCAGAAUCUCUCUGCCGGGAACUGGAAGUUUGCAGCAUACAUUAGAGCGGCGGUCAGGAAAGAAAAAGGGCUGCCCAUCCUGGUGGAGCUGCUGCGGAUGGAUAAUGACAGGGUGGUGUCUUCUGUUGCCACAGCUUUGAGGAAUAUGGCGUUAGAUGUGCGGAACAAGGAGCUAAUUGGCAAGUACGCAAUGCGGGACCUAGUCAACCGGCUCCCAGGAGGCAACGGCCCCAAUGUUUUAUCAGACGACACCAUAGCAGCAAUUUGCUGUGCCUUGCACGAGGUCACCAGCAAGAACAUGGAGAAUGCGAAGGCUCUGGCUGACACUGGAGGGAUAGAGAAACUAGUGAAUAUCACCAAGGGAAAAGGAGACAGAUCUUCGUUGAAGGUGGUGAAAGCUGCUGCGCAGGUGCUAAAUACAUUAUGGCAAUAUAGAGACCUCCGCAGCAUCUACAAGAAGGACGGUUGGAAUCAGUCUCAUUUUAUAACCCCAGUCUCCACCUUAGAACGUGAUCGAUUCAAAUCCCACCCGACACUAUCAACCACCCAUCAGCAAAUGUCGCCCAUGAUCCAGUCAGUGGGCAGCACGUCAUCCUCACCAGCACUGUUAGGAAUCCGGGAGCCGCACUCUGGGUACGAGAGAACGCAGCCCUCUAUGCAAUACUACAACAACCAGGGGGAAUCCUUGAUUCACAAGGAUAUGUAUAGUGGGUCGUGCAAAGCAUCUCCUAUCUACAUCAGUUCGUAUUCCUCACCAGCACGGGAGCAGAACAGGAGGCAACAGCCUCACCAGCUGUAUUACAGCCCCGAAGAUUCCAAUAGGAAAAACUACGACUCCUACCGGUUGUACCUGCAGUCUCCGCACAGCUACGAAGACCCGUAUUUCGACGAGCGCGUCCAGUUCACGUCGACCGGCGACCAGAACGCGCAAUUUGGACUUAAAUCAACCACAAACUAUGUUGACUUUUACUCCACUCGGAGACCUUCCUAUAGAUCAGAACAGUACCCGGGGUCUCCGGACUCCUGGGUGUGAGACCUCGGAGGUCGCCCUAUGGACUCCGUACCUAGUAAUCAUGCUUGACUUGAUUUUUUUGAAUGGCCUUAUUUGCUGUUAUUGUUUUUACGGUUGGAAACAGAAAGUGAAAUAAAAGAGAAGGACCAUGGUGGACGUGGUAAUUUUAUUUCCGAAGGUGUAGCCUGGACGAGAGGAAAUGAAGCAAGAAGGGUGUUUUUUUGUUUUUGUUUUUUUCUUUUUGUUUUGUUAAAUUUUUUUCCUUUUUUUUUUUCUUUUCUACUUUUUAUUAUACAUUUUUUUUUUUUCUGUUUUUGGUUUGUAGCUCUUGCUGCUUGUAGUUCUGUAGUCUGGUGAUGGUGCAAGUUAUGUGAGGGAAGGUAUGCGAUUGGUGAUUUUUUUUUUUUUUUUUAAAUAAAAAAAAAAACAAAGAUGAUUUUUGGGGGAUAAAAAAUGUCUAUGGUCGAAUCAAAUCUUGAUAAAUAUUUUUUUGUUGUUUUUUUUUAAAUGUGAAUAAAGUCUCGUUCCGAUUUAGUUUGUACAGAAAAUAUGGAUCCUAUGAAUGCUUCUUUGUUUUACUGUUACUCAGUGUCAACCUUGUAUGCUAUCUUUGUCUUGUAAAUUUUUUUAUUUUUAUUUUUUCCUCUCACCAUUGUAAAUACAGCAAUGCAUUACCGGUCGCGGGUGCCAUCGUUUGUAUUGCAGUGUAUCAUUUGGAAUCACUGAGAAUCCGGAGAUGUAAAUCACGAUAUUAAAUGCUAACAUUUUUACACAUAGAGACUCAUUUAAGAAUAGAAGUUGAUAUAUGUUUUGUCCAUUCCCUGCUCUUUCAUAAGUCUCACUGCCAUUUUCUAUGCACAUGGAAGAUGAAAUAAAUGUGGACAUGUCAUCCACGGAAAAUUA